CAGGUGGCUUUGGUGGUGGAUUUAAUGGUGGUGGAGACGGCGGGAAGAAGGGAAGGAAGAUAACCGGAGAUACCGCCGCUAACAAACCUCCUGCUGCUAAAAAACCUCGUACCUGCGGCAUCUGCCACAUGCCUGGUCACACCCGGGUCACAUGUCCCCAGCGGUGACAGCAGCUCGACUGAGAUCAGUUGGAGGAGAGUGAUUCUGACACAGAAGCUGUCUUUAAUGAAUAAAUGUGUAUUUUAAAGAAAACCUAAGUGGUGUAAUUAAUAGUAUGUCUUAAUGUGUUGUUUUUUGGUUUUCAUCCUUUUCACCAUCACUAAGUGUCUCCAACAGGAGACAGUUGUUUUGCAUUUGUUGAUUCAUCAAGGUGGUUGCUGUUGGAAGAAACAGCAAAAUAUGCUUUUUACAUUCUAAAUGCAAAAGGAGUUGCUUCUCUUCUGUAGUCUGAGCAAAUUUCAGUACCAAAUAUUUCUCUUUUAAUAUUGAUGGAUGCUAAUAAAUAUACUGUAACCGUUCAUGGUUAUUUAUGUUUUUACAGUCAUGACAGAGGUAGUUUUGGUUUUGGUUUUGAGUAUUUUGUAUUUUAGUCUUUGUACCACUGGUUUUGGUUUUUGUUUUGUGUUGAGUCUUCAGCUUUGGAAAGAACCCAAACUCAAAAUAUCUUUCUUGCGUCUGUUCAUUAUAAACAUAAAGAGAAAAUAUAAAAACUUUAUUCUUAAUGCAUUCUGCUAAACAUAUUCACAUUUAGUGACAGUUAUGCCACAUUACAUCACUGGUUAUUGAGUGUAGUUUGUGCAAAAUGGAGCAAAACGUGCAUAUAUCAUAUUUCCUGUCCUGACCAGUGGUGGGAAAAGUACUAAGAUCCUUUACUGAAGUAAAAGUAGCAAUAUCACAAUGUAGAAAUAGGCUACUGUAAAAGUCCUGCAUUCAGAAGUGUACUCAAGAAUAGUACAUACGCAUUAGUCAAAUUAAAAGUAAAAGUAAAAAAUGACCCCUUAUAUGAUAUUGGAUGAUUAUUAUUACUGACACUGACUCAUGUUAAGUGGCGUUUUACUGCAGUAGUUGGUCAAUUUGCUGCUAAUUUCACCUCCUGAAGGCUGGUUUAUAACACAUUUUUUAUGAUAAUCAAAUGUUUGAAUUGUAAAAUUGUAAUCUGCAAAGUAGCCAGUAGCACAGCUGUCAAAUAAAUGAAUAAAAAGUACAAUACCUCUGAAA